GUCUCCCUUUUCUUUCCCCUUUCCUUCUUCCUCCUCUUCUUCUUUACUCUUCGCUCCUUUAACUCUCCCCACUCUUCGCUCUUCUCCCACUUCCACAUCCUACCACCCACCCCAAGAAGAACACGAUGUCUCUCUCUGCCUUCUCCGCCAGACUCUUCCCCACCAUGCGCUCCCAGGCCAUGACUCGUUUCGCCGCUCCCUCGACCACCUUUGCCCGUUUCUAUGCUACCAGGAAGUUCACUGAGGAGCACGAGUGGAUCGAGGUCGAGAACGGUGUCGCGACUGUCGGUAUCACCAACCACGCCCAGGAGGCUCUCGGAGAGAUCGUCUACGUCGAGCCUGCUCAGCUCGCGGAUGUCGCCAAGGGCGACACCAUUGGAUCCGUCGAAUCCGUCAAGGCUGCUUCGGACAUCUACGCACCCGUCUCUGGAACUGUCAUCGAGGUCAACGAGCUUUUGCAAUCCGAGCCCGGUUUGUUGAACUCCAAUGCCGAGGAUGACGGCUGGCUCUGCAAGAUCAAGGUCUCGUCCGAGGAUGAGAUCAACAAUCUCCUCAGCAAGGAGGACUACAUCAACUUUUGCGAGGAGUCCCAUUAAACGGAACAAACAACCCUCAUUAAUCUCAUUUGCUACCAACAUUACAUGAAUAAACACGCUUCAUAAAUCAUCUCUUCCAC